CUUUUUCGCUACUCCGUACUCCGUACAUACUUUUAUAUUUAGAAUUACCACUCUCCAUAGAACUCAACGGAAAAUUUUUUGCCAGGUUUCAAGUAGCUUAAUUAAAUGUCAAGACUCCUCGCGCCGCUCCGUCGCGGCUGCGUGCGAGCAUAUAGCAGCAGCAGGGCAGCAGAUGCGAACUUCUCCGUUUUCCAAGAGGGCGACAGAGUUCUUAUAAAUACAAAAACUCCCACAUUAACGAAACCGCUAAAGAAGGAGGAGCGGACAAAGCUUGCUCGCGGGUAUCUAGCGCAUGACGACAUUAUCGGGAAAGGACCCAGAUAUCCUAUCAAGUCAAACAGAGGCGCGCUGUAUAGGGUAACCCAUCCCACGUUCGAAGACUACAUCAUUCGAACUCCACGACUUGUGACUCCUAUCUACCCCGCCGACGCCAACCUAAUAGUAUCCCUGUUGGACCUUCACGUCACAUCACCGGUGCCGGGAGAAGAACCAAAUGAGCCACUGGAAAUACUAGAAGCAGGAACGGGUCACGGAUCUUUGACAUUGCACCUAGCCCGAGCUAUAAACGCCGCAAACACAUAUCCACCAAAGCGACCGCCUUAUUCACAACGACAAAUCCUCGAACUGCCCAAAACCAAAAAGAGGGCCGUGGCCGAUGAGGAGGAGCAGAAGGAGGAAGAUCACGAAACUAAAGCCAAGAACGAGGAGCUCCAACGCAAUUGGGAUGCAUGGCGUGCGCAGCGCAGCGCCAUAGUCCAUACCGUAGACAUAUCCCCGCACUACUCCCAACAUGCGGAGAACAUCGUCCGCGGAUUCCGCCGGGGAAUAUAUGUAGGAAACGUCGACUUCUACGUGUCCAGUGUUGAGAAAUGGAUCCAAGAACAAGUAGCUCGUCGUUCGACAAAUCAAGACUCUCCGGAUCCGUUCCUGUCACGUGUCAUUCUAGACAUGCCCUCUGCACACCUGCGGAUCCCACACGUCGCCCCGAUCAUGAAAGAUGAUGCGGUGCUGGCUGUUUUUAUGCCUAGCAUAACCCAGCUUGGGGAUUGUGCAAAUCUUAUUUCGAAAGAGAGACUACCGUUUUUGCAAGAAAAGAUCGUUGAGCUCGGGACUGGGAUUAGUAGUGGGAGGGUUUGGGAGCUCCGGAUAACGACGAAGCGGAGUCCUAAGGACGCUCUUAGUCGGGAAGCCACUACGGAGGAAACCCUAGAUGAGACAGCUGAAGAUUCUUCUAAUACUACGGUAGAGGAAGUUCCUAGCCUGACAAAGGGAGAGAAGACAGAUCGAGAAGAGGUUCUAGUUUGUAGACCCCAAGUGGGAGAGAGGAUUACGGGCGGCGGCUUUGUAGGGAUAUGGAGGAAGAAGAAAAGCUGGGUAGAUCUCAGCUAGAGACGAUCGUAUGUACUGUAUAUUUAAAUUAGCCCUAGAAAUCAUACAUUGCAGCUCUGCGAUGGAGAUAUCCUGCAUGAGAAACAAACAAAACUCGGCAGAUGUUCUUCCCCCUCUCCUAAAAGAAACCCUCCUUCCAUUUAUAAUUUCGCCGUAGGGGCAUUAUGGUUCGCAGCAACUUCAGACCGUUUGAGAAUCCACUCAGCAACGUCUUUCGCCAGAGCUUCCUUGACGCCUUCUGGCUCCCCGUGGAGCUUGUGGUAGGCGCC